GUGUGAUCUGUUAAAGAUUUAUAAUUAUCAAUUAUUAGAUAUAAUAUUAAUUUAAAAAAAUGAUUUUUUGAGUUACAUGGAAACAGAAAAUUCUUACACUCAAAGAGAAUACCUAAUCUUAACGUCUUAACCUUUUUUUUAUUAUACGAAACGUUACAAUUGUUUAGAAAAAAUUAGAAAUUUUGUUGGCAAUGGCAUCAUCAUUUAUUUUAAGAACUUGUAAAAGGACGACAAAAAUUGGCACUCGUUUGCGAAAUUAUUCUUCCAACGUAAAUGAUAAGAAAAUGCCUGGACAGUUGGAGGAAGUUGAAGGAAAACGUGCCACUUUUGGCAUGGGAUGUUUCUGGGCUGGUGAUUCCCUUUUUGGAGCUUUACCCGGUGUCAUAAGGACUUCAGUUGGUUACUCAGGUGGUACCAAAGAGUCACCAACAUAUAAAAAUAUGGGAGAUCAUACCGAAGUUAUUGACAUUGAAUUUGAUCCAGAUGUUGUGUCAUAUGCUCAAUUGCUUAAUCUAUUUUGGAAUAAUCAUGAGUAUAGUUUAAUCACUAAAAUUAAACGACAAUAUAUGUCGUUAAUUUUAUAUCACGAUGAAGAACAAAAAAUGAUUGCUGAAAAAUCUAAAGACCACGAACAACGUGAACGCAGAGAAACUUUUCUAACUGAGAUUAAACCGUUUGAAAAGUUUUAUCCAGCAGAAGACUAUCAUCAAAAGUAUCGUCUUCAAAAUCAUCCAUGGUUGAUUGAAACUACUGGUCUUACAACUGGUGAAAUAUUACGUUCGUCUUCUCUAGCAGCUAAAUUGAAUGGGUAUAUAGCAGGGGCUGGAACGUUAGAACAAUUUGAAAAAGAUUUACCAAAUCUUGGACUUAGUGAUAAAGCUGCACAAUAUUUAAAAAAAUAUCUUAUUAAAAAUCAAGGAACUGGUCUAUAUUGCUAGCUUAUUUAAAGAAAUCAAUUAAAAUGAAUUUUACUGAGCAGGUGUAGACUGACGAAAUUAAUUCCUUUUUACAAGGAAAUCUGUUGCUUAAUUUAGUAUAAUUUAUAAAGUUUUAUUAUUAAAUUGUUUAAUUAAUAGAUACACACAAAAUGUUUCUUCUGUUA